CAAAUAUAUUUGGUGCCUCGUCCGUCUGGUGACGCGGUAGCCUGACAGCUCGAUGGGAAUAAAAGGAAAAGAGGACUCGUCUUAUGGGCUGGUUUACAGGGAAAUGUUUGAAUUCAUUUGAUUACGAUACUGUCUCUGUUAAAAAGAAGAAGGGAUAUACGAUGAGCAUGCAUAGUUUUAGCUGAGAUAAGGAAAUUAAGAAUUUAUACAAAUAACUUUGACCAUCUUUACUUGCUAGCUAGCUACGUGAAGCUUGUCAGCCAGACAGCAAGCCAAUUUGCACCAUGAGCUCGCCAGUUAAUAGUUAGCUAGCUAGCAUGUUUGAGAGUCACACCCAGUAUUGUGGGUCCCAUACAUUGUUUUAGACUUCCGUGUAACAUUACCGUUACCUAAGGCGAAAGGACAAAGACUGUUGUCUAUCAGACGUGACUUAAUUUGUCAAUUAUAUGUAUAAAUAAGUCUGAAACACUCUAGUCUAGUAAUUGUAAGUUACAGUAACGUUAGCCAGCUAGCUUCAUGCCACGGGUUAUUUUGGCAGGAGGUAGAUAACGUUAGCCUGCCAAAUAGCUAGCUGUCGAGAGCAAGUGGCUAAAGUCUUGCCUUUAAUCAGUCACAGUUAACUAUAAAAGUUAUCUUGCAGGCUAGUUUCCAAUUUUGAUAGCAAGCUAAAACUUUCCUAUCGACACGGUUUCUUUGUAAUUUCGUUGUAAUAUGAACGUGCCGAUGUACACAUUUGUUCUUCGUGAUGAUACCAGCAGCAUCUAUGCUGAAGUUUCUAAAAUCCUCACUGCCACUGGAAAAUGGAAGAGACUAAAAAAGGAUAAUCCUCGAUUUAAUUUAAUGCUGGGGGAACGAAACAGACUUCCAUUUGGUCGAUUAGGACAUGAACCGGGAUUGACCCAGCUGGUGAAUUAUUACAGAGGAGCUGACAAGCUUUGUCGCAAAGCAUCAUUAGUUAAGUUAAUUAAGACAAGUCCAGAGCUGAUUGAUUCCUCAAGCUGGUUCCCGGAAGCAUACAUUAUUUACCCCACCGACUUCAACACACCUGUGGCCCCAGCCAAGAAUGGCAUGAGUCACAUGAAGAGCAAUCCCAAGACAGACGAACGCGAGGUGUUCUUAGCCUCAUACCAAUGUAAAAAGGAAAGUGGAGAAGGAAGCGUUUGGAUUGCCAAAUCAUCUGCUGGAGCCAAAGGGGCUGGAAUUAUGAUAUCCCAUGAUGCAAAUCAGUUGCUGGAGUUCAUUGAUAAUCAGGGACAAGUUCACAUAAUCCAGAAGUACCUAGAGAGACCUCUACUAUUGGAACCAGGCCAUCGCAAAUUUGACAUCCGGAGCUGGGUGCUGGUGGACCACCAGUACAAUAUCUACCUGUAUCGAGAAGGGGUGUUGAGGACGUCCUCUGAGCCCUACAACUGUACAGACCUCCAGGACAUGACCAGCCACCUGACCAAUCACUGCAUCCAGAAAGAGCAUUCUACGAACUAUGGACGCUAUGAAGAGGGCAAUGAGAUGUUCUUUGAUGAGUUUAGGCAUUACCUUCUUAAGACACACAAUGUCACGCUGGAAGCAUCCAUUUUACCUCAAAUCAAACAGAUCAUCAGGGGUUGUUUAACAUGCAUUGAGCCAGCCAUCAGCACGAAGCAUCUCUCCUACCAGAGCUUCCAGCUUUUUGGCUUUGACUUCAUGGUGGAUGAGGACUUCAAAGUGUGGCUCAUUGAGAUCAACGGUGCUCCGGCCUGCGCACAGAAAUUGUACCCGGAGCUUUGCCAAGGAAUCGUGGAUGUGGCCAUCUCCACCGUCUUCUCUCUGACUGUAGAUCCCCUCUCCACCUCUCCUCCGUUCUCCACAUCACCCUCUCUCUCCUCAACCAACUGCUGCUCCUCUCCUAAACUACGAGCACCCCAUCAAAUUGGUCCCUUCUUCAAGUUAUAAGCACACAGCUGCUUCCGGCCCUUCGACAGUUAACCUCCCCAGUGGCCCCACCCAAUGCUACUCCUGACGUGGCCCGAGGUCUGCCUCCAGCUGAUCUGCCCAGAGAUGUGCUCUUCCUCAAAAGGAUACCUUCAGAGAGGAGUAGUGUGGGGUGGGUACCCAGUACCUGUGAAAAAAAUAGCAGACGAUUGGCCAUUGAUGAAUGUGUCAAGAUUGGAAUUGAAUGUGUGUGGUAUUGAAAUGGUGACAGGUGCUUGCAGGUCAUUAGAGUCAGUUCAGGCAGAAGAGGAGGAUAAUGGGUCUAGGGUCCAAUCCAGUCACACAGGGCUGUCUGACCAGAACGGGCAAACCUCUUGCAGAGGGGGAGAGUGUGAUUGGAUGAAAAGAGGCAAAGAAGGUUGAAACUCCUCUCCUCCCUAGGCUGUCGUGCUGAUGGGGCACAACAGCAUAGAGCCUUGUUGGUAGAAAGGAGGAGAGGCUUUCUUAAUGUUUUCUUGACUCCAGUGCCUUAUAUGUUCAUGGCCGUGUACCCUUAGCAAGUGUCUGUGACUAGUUUGUCUGGUGUUGCUUCUCUUAUCGUUCUUAUCAUACAUAUCAUGAAAGCUGCAAAAAUGUCAGUCUGUGCCAGUCACUUGGUGUGCAGGCCUACUUACUUAUAACUGUAUUACACUUGUAUCUGUAUAAGUAGCUACAUUUAAUUGUAACCCCACCAAACUGCAAAAAAGAAAGGACUUCCCAGAAAGAAUAUAGAAGUUAGCUAGCUAAUUGUCUGUUUUGGCUAAUAUCAGAUGAUCUUAGCAUUUUUUCCUCUUCCCUUUUGGUCAAUAGGAUAGAACAUUUUCAGACAUUUGACUUCCUUCAUUGAUGUGCAUUUGCUUAUUAUAUGGUAGUGCCAACAGGCUGACGAAAAUAGCUUUUGAAAUCAAGUUAAUAUUAAUUAUAUCAAUGGUAAGCUGGGUAAAAAAUAAUUAUUGUGGUUGUGGCAAUUAGUUGUUCUUAGAUAACCUGAAGGAUUAGAAUACUAUACAGAAUAUCAAGUCACAUUCCACCAAAUGGUCACACACUUUCCUACUUUAGUUGUAGCUGUUCAAGGCGAAGCACAACAGAAUUAUUAUGUUUAACUAAUUCAUUAUUAAGAUUAAGAGGAUGCAUCGUCAGAUCUCCAAAAUUCUGUUUUGUCCAGGUAUGGAUUAAUAAUUGCUACCCUUCACCUAAGGGUGUGGUUUGUCAAGAAAAUAUCUUUCCAUUUUAUUUUCAUUUGUCUUAAUGUUGCAGUUUACGUGUUCAUUUUGUAUGUACAAACUGCACGUUCAAGUGUGUCAAAAAGAAAGUUGUGCAUAGCCCAAUAGGCCUAACUCUUGGUCUGGUCAGAAGUACCCAACCUUAAAAUAGACGCAUUGAGAUUUGCAUUUUCUCGUAUACGGACUCCUCUACAACAACAUUGUCCCCCUUAGAAAUACUGAGCAGAUGUGUUUAUUGUGUUUUAACAAUACGUUAAUCUUUUCAUCUUGUCCUUGGCUCCACACAUCUGUUUGUCACUAGACAAAAGGAUACAUUUGUCACUAGACAAGCAGAGACCUACAUUUUAAUGGAGCUAACCUUUUAGACAAUUGCUAUUGAGGUGCAUGGCAAAAAGGGCCUGAUUUAAAUUCUUGUCUCAGACAUAUGACACUGAUAUUUUGCACUGUUUGUGUAACUUUAACAUUGUCAAAGGUUGUUAAUGAAUGCUUGGUUUAUUUUUUUUCAGUCGCUUCUAUAUUUACUACUCCUGGUCAGCUAGGCUUUUGCAUGCUUCAGUCUAGUUUCCCAAGCUGUGUAUGGACUUUGCACUGAGACUGUUAAGGGUAGCUCCUUCUGCCCAAAAGUAUUUAUUUUGUGUUUUAAAAUGUUUUCUGUUUGGUUUGUAAUAAUUAACCUAGUCUUUGUUGUUUUUUAUUUAAAUAUAUUGUUAAAUGUUAUGUUACAUCAGCUUUUCACCAUUUGCCUGCAGAAUUUAUGAAGGGAUGUGUGGUGUGUAAUUGAGUCCUAAAAAGGGGAACUUAAAUUCAUAUUUAAAGAGGAAAUGUAGAUUUCACAAUUGGACAGUAAUCUGGAUAAAAGGAAUUUUUAUUAUUCAAGCAUUAGUUGGAUAUUAGAUCUUUGGUAUGUGUCAAAAAGGGAGGCAUGUUAAGACAUUACAUGUGGUUUCAUUUACCAUUUGGGAUUUUAUCCUAAUGUCAUCAAACCAGUGUUAUUAAGUUGGGGGGGGGGGGGGAGAGACUUCCCAUCAAGGGAAAAGGGUGCCUUACUGAAAAUAACUUCGUAGAAGUACCACUGUUUAAAUUAUUGUUCCUUUAUAUUACCAUGACUUUGUCUUGUCUAAACAUCAUUUCAGUAUGGUUGUAGAGUCUAGAAAAUAACACUGAGUGAACAGCUGUACAAUCUUUAUGUAGUACAAAUCCUGACCCUCUUGUCAACGACCCUCCGAGGCAUUCCCUUUUCCAAACCAAAGAGAAUUACUGCUUGUAUUUUGUAAUACAGAACAAGUGUAUUGUGUUUUGAAAUGUUUCUGUGGUUUGUGGGAAUGCAUGCAUCUGCUGUCUAAAAGCUUGGCUGGCAGGUGGAAAUGGGGAAUAGUCCCAGGGUGCUUUCAUCCUGUGACCUCAUCAAAUCAGAUGUCAUCAUGAGAUCCUGCUCUUACUUUUCUUGUAAACAAAACACUUUUACAUGAGAAACCACUAUUUAAAUAAGACAUCCACCAGCCUCCUUGUGCUUGUAUGUGUUGACAGUUCAGUCCCUUGGUUGUUAUAUUUUUUGUUACAUGGAUUUGUGCAUGGAAACUUGACUGCAUCUGUACUGGUAGUAUAGUAUUAUGAGAAAUAAAAUACUAUAGUAGUGUU